UUAGCGUGGUGAGUCAAGCCACCAUCGCAGGCCGCAGUAUCGUGAACGUUUCCUCGUCUAAAUCAGUCUCCAUUAGAAAUUCUACCAAAAAAAAAACUAGCAAGAGAUCCAAGGCAAAAACUACCCUAAAUCUUCAAAAUCUCGCCAGAAAAAAAAAUUAACAAAUAAAUAAUCGCCCUCUUUCAUCACAAAUGACCGUACAAAAGGAAUAAACCUCUCGAAGUGAUUUAAAUGCAAGUGUGAUUUGUCGAAUAUGUGAUAGUGUGUGUGUGUGUGUCCCAAGGCCCCUAUACAGAACAAAAAUCUCAACGUUGAACCCAGCCCUCAAAGCUCUUUAAAAAUUAAACUCCCCUCGCCAUGUUUCACCACGAGUACGAAAAACGUCUCUUGAAACCCUGCAACGAGGGAAAAAGAGACUCUCAGUUGACUGCCAUGUCCCCCAGCUAUUUAUCACCAACAAAGUCGACGAACAACAGUUACGAUCGUUUUAUUCCAACGCGUUCCGGUAAUAAUUGGUACACGACAUUUUCCAUGAUCUCGGAGAACAGUCGUAGUGGACUGGUGCCGAAAAAAACUCGUGAAAAUGGCGAGGGUAGUCGCGAUGGCAUAGCAUAUUCGAGUCUUCUGAAGAAUGAGUUACUGGGGGCAAAUAUCGAAGAUGUCAAGAGCCAGUCUGAAGAGCGAGGGAUAUAUUCAGUCCUCCAGGGUAGGAAUUUGUUCAAAUACACGACACCCACCAAGGACAGAACAUUGUUGGACCAGAGCAGUCCGUAUUCUCUGUCGCCAUUGAGUGCCAAGAGCCAGAAGCUUUUGAGGUCACCCCGAAAGACGACACGAAAAAUAUCAAGAAUUCCCUUCAAGGUUCUCGAUGCACCCGAAUUACAGGAUGACUUCUACUUGAAUCUAGUGGACUGGUCGUCGCAGAAUGUACUUAGUGUUGGCCUCGGGAGUUGUGUGUACUUGUGGUCGGCGUGCACCAGUCAAGUUACUAGACUCUGUGAUCUGUCUGGUGAUGGUAACUCUGUGACUUCAGUCGCCUGGAAUGAGAGGGGAAAUUUAGUAGCUGUUGGAACACAUGUGGGCUAUAUUCAGGUUUGGGAUGUUGCGGUUAACAAGCAGGUUGCCAAACUGCAGGGCCACAGUGCUCGCGUAGGAGCAUUAGCGUGGAAUGGUGAAGUGCUGUCAUCGGGGAGCCGUGAUCGAUUGAUUCUCCAGCGAGACGUGAGGACACCGUGCAUCGUGGGAGAGAGAAGGCUAGGGGCACACAGGCAGGAGGUCUGCGGUCUAAAAUGGUCGCCAGACAAUCAGUAUCUGGCCUCUGGGGGUAACGACAAUCGUUUGUAUGUGUGGAAUCUUCACUCGUUGUCACCAGUUCAAACCUACACCGAACAUCUCGCUGCGGUCAAGGCCAUUGCCUGGUCACCCCAUCACCAUGGACUGCUCGCCUCUGGCGGAGGGACUGCUGAUCGCUGCAUCAGAUUCUGGAAUACACUCACUGGCCAGCCUAUGCAGUGUGUCGACACUGGAUCUCAAGUAUGCAAUUUAGCUUGGUCUAAACAUAGCUCUGAACUCGUCAGCACACAUGGGUAUUCCCAGAAUCAAAUUCUUGUCUGGAAGUACCCGAGCUUGACGCAGGUUGCCAAACUCACUGGACAUUCUUAUAGAGUACUUUAUCUUGCUAUGUCACCGGAUGGAGAAGCUAUUGUCACUGGCGCUGGAGAUGAGACACUCAGGUUUUGGAAUGUUUUCAGUAAAGCCAGAAGUCAGAAGGAGAACAAGUCUGGCCUCAAUCUUUUUACUUCGAUUCGGUGAAUUUCAUCCCAAUUUCGUCGUUUUUAACGGUGAUUUGGUAAACUGCUUGAUUUCCAUUAGAUUUUUUAAAUUGAAAAAUGGAAUUCACAAAUUUUGUUUAUAUUUACUUUUUUGAAAUGUUUAUAUGUACAUGAGCUGCAUAGUAACUGUCUUCGUUUCAAUCUGUGGAAAAUUGAUUUGGAAAUCAUUUUAGUCACUUGAAUUCCUGAAAUUCAAUGAAUAAAAAUCACUUUUCCACCUUUCUCAAUCGAUGUUAAAUGAAGACUUUCAAAACCUGGGAAUAUUUUUUUCGUUGCAAAAUGCUUUCCUGUAAUAAUUCCACAAAAUUGAAGCAUUAAAAUUAAAAUUAGUUUUUUUAGAUUUCAUAGGCAUUCAAAAAUUUUAAAAUUGGAAUUUUCCAAUUUUUUUCAUUUACAUUUUUUUUAUGUACAUGUAGUACAUAUGCAUUCCCCUGAAUUUCUACAAUUCAAUGAAUAAACAUUAAUUUUUGAUCCCUCUCAAUCAAUAUUAACCAAAAAUUUUGAAAUUCCGAGUAAUUUUCUAAUAACCACACUUGUUGCCGUAAUAAUUCCACGAAAUUAAAAAAAUUAGAGUCCGCGAUAAUUGAUUUAACAACAGCGCUCUAGCUAUUAACAUACUUCCAUUUUUUUGUGACUAAAUGGCAAUGGAAAUUUACACAGACAUUUCCAUUUCAAUUUUUGGAGUUAUCAUCAAUCUAUUCAAGUCAUUUGUACAAAUUUAAAUCGUCAAAAGGAACAAGAGACAAUGAUUGCGAGUUUAUUAUUUAUAACAAAGAUGAAAUUAUAUUGAUAUAUAUCCAUAUUAUAAUAUAUAAUUAUUAUUUACUAACCAAUUGCGUGGGUGUGUGAGUGAAGAUUGAAAUGAAUCUGUAGAUUUAUAAAAAAUGAGAGCAAGAAAUAGUUUAUUUCUUCUCUGUGUACGAUUCGAGUAUUUUUCUUGUGGGAAGCGAUGUCGAGUGAAUGUAUUGAACAACGUAUGUCCCUCGACAGUGCAAUCAUUAAAAAAAAUGUAUAAAUAUUCGGAAAUAGAAGCAAAGAAAAAGAUCUGUUCUCUUUGGGUGAAAGAGUGGUCCUGAUAGCUUUUUUGAAAUAUUUUCAAGUGACUAUUAAUCGUUUAUAGGUAGGAUUAACAAACGUGCAAAAUUUACUUGUUUUGUAUGUCUUAGGGACAUGUAUUUCUGCUUGAUAAUGAGUUUGUUUUCGAUUAUCACACCGAGUCUUGUGUCGAUCGAUUACAAUACCUGAUAUAACGGUUUUGGAUCAGUUUAAUAAAUCAUUGCAGUGGAUAAUUGUACUGGUCAUGUAGAGUGUAAUAAGAACUCGAUAGCAACAUGCAUUUAUCCAGCAUUAAACUUGAGGAUACGAACAACAUGUAAAUUAAUACAAGAGGGGAUAUAAGCGAUAAAAUACAUAAACUUAGUUUAUGUCUAAGUUGUUUUAUACGUAAGGGAAGGCAAAUUAUAUGAAAUAUAGUACAAUGCAAAAAGUAAA